AUGGAGACAUACUUAUUCGACCCGGGUGACCUCUCGGAUCUCAUGCCUUCAGGCUCCGCAGUCACGCCUCCAACAUCAACACUUUACUUUUGUAUUCGAAUCCGCUUCGACUGGGCUUGGGCUUCCUCCAUUGCAAUGACUUCUAGGAUGCCAUCAUCUCCCCCGCGCGACUCGGAACAGCGGAGAGUGCCCUCUUCUCCUUCCAUCACCCAUCCGUUUGAAAAUGCGCAAGGACUUCUCGUCAUACUUCCGGACAAGAUUGACGUCGAGGAAGAGGCGCGGCUUUACGAGGAACUUUGCGACACCCCCAUCAACAUUCCGCCGAGACGUCCAGCCUCACCUGUACAUGCACCAUCGGUCUUCUCGCGAGACAUCUGGCUAGGUGAUAAUUCGGGCGAAAGUCUCGCUUUCGCGCGAGAAGUAGAGGUGGUUGGUUGGACGAGCGUCGGCGAUAAGCGCGGCGGAGCGUACAUCGUGUACGAUUGUGCUGUAAAGACUAAGGAGGGGACCGUCAUUCAUGUCCAUAAGCGAUACAGUGCAUUUGUAGAAUUGUACACCAGGCUCCGCACUGCACUCCCCGUGAGUCAUGGUCAACUAUCGCUCUUCUGA